AUGUCAAUGGACCUCUACCAAGAUAUUAUGAUUGGUGUCGAGGCCGUGCGCCCUGUCUUAGUAUGCAAAGCGGUGACCUUGAUGGACACAAAUUAUCCUGGGAAUGUGAAUAAUACAGCAGAUACUUGCUGCCGCAUGCAACGCCUCGCGCCUGCCCGGUCGGGCGUCCCCUACUCCACCUACAUCCUCUACAUGAUCUUCCGUUUGCUACUUCCCUUAUCCCUAGCUGGCUUCAGCACAAUCAGAGCAGACCAUGUCUUGUUGUUGUGUCAUUUGACGCUUGGGUUCUAUAUUAAGCGAGCCCAAUCUUUUAUCAGCAUACGCAUCGUCAGCAGCCAGCUGAACGAGGCAAGCAGGAAAAGCCAGAAGGGAGGCAACAAUCUCAAGCAGACGUUGCAACAGACACCUACCACUCUUCCUAAGACCGGAAAGGAUUUCUAUUCCAAGGAAGACCAGUUAAUGUAG